AUCGCUCCGGAUUUUGCUGCGAACGGUCGUCUGUUCAGGUUCAGGUCUGGGUUGUGUCUAUAGUCUCCGUCUCCUCUUCGCUGUCGCACACGCAAACGGGUCCACGCAACACACACACACGCGCACCCACGCAACGGAAUCAGCGAACUAAUCAGAAUCAGAGCUAUAUAGAGCCGCCACAGCCACAGAGAAGGGACAUAACUAGGACACCAUGUCGAAGCCCCAAUCGGACGCCGAUCGGCGCAAACAGAUCUCGGUGCGCGGCAUCGCCGAGGUGGGCAAUGUCACCGAGGUGAAGAAGAACUUCAAUCGGCACCUGCACUACACCCUGGUCAAGGAUCGCAAUGUGUCCACCCUGAGGGACUACUACUUCGCCCUGGCCAACACCGUCAAGGACAACAUGGUCGGCCGCUGGAUUCGCACGCAGCAGCACUACUACGAGAAGGAUCCCAAGCGCGUCUACUAUCUGUCGCUGGAGUACUACAUGGGUCGCUCCCUGACCAACACCAUGAUCAACCUGGGCAUCCAGAGCGAGUGCGAGGAGGCCAUGUACCAGCUGGGUCUGGACAUUGAGAACCUGGAGGAGAUGGAGGAGGACGCCGGUCUGGGCAAUGGUGGUCUGGGUCGCUUGGCCGCCUGUUUCCUGGACUCGAUGGCCACUCUGGGUCUGGCCGCCUAUGGCUAUGGCAUCCGUUAUGAGUACGGUAUCUUCGCCCAGAAGAUCAAGAACGGCGAGCAGGUGGAGGAGCCCGAUGAUUGGCUGCGUUAUGGCAACCCCUGGGAGAAGGCCCGUCCGGAGUUCAUGCUGCCGGUCAACUUCUACGGCCGUGUCAUCGACACGCCCGAGGGCAAGAAGUGGGUGGACACCCAGAGGGUGUUUGCCAUGCCCUACGACAAUCCCAUUCCCGGAUACAACAACAACCACGUGAACACGCUGCGUCUGUGGUCCGCCAAGUCGCCCAUCGACUUCAACCUCAAGUUCUUCAACGAUGGUGACUACAUCCAGGCCGUGCUGGACCGCAAUCUGGCUGAGAACAUCUCCCGUGUGCUGUACCCCAACGACAACUUCUUCGAGGGCAAGGAGCUGCGUCUGAAGCAGGAGUACUUCAUGUGCGCCGCCACGCUGCAGGAUAUCAUCCGCCGCUACAAGGCCUCGAAGUUCGGUUCCCGGGAGGCGGUCCGCAACACCUUCGAUCACUUCCCCGACAAGGUGGCCAUUCAGCUGAACGAUACCCAUCCAUCGCUGGCCAUCCCUGAGCUGAUGCGCAUCCUGGUCGAUGAGGAGCACCUGACCUGGGAGAAGGCAUGGGACAUCACCGUGAGGAGUUGUGCCUACACCAACCACACCGUGCUGCCAGAGGCCUUGGAGCGCUGGCCCGUCUCCCUGCUGGAGUCGAUCCUGCCCCGCCAUCUGCAGAUCAUCUAUCACAUCAACUUCCUGCACAUGGAGAAUGUGAAGAAGAAGUUCCCCGACGAUCUGGACCGCAUGCGCCGCAUGUCGAUGGUGGAGGAGGAUGGCGAGAAGCGCAUCAACAUGGCCCAUCUGUCCAUCGUGGGCUCCCACGCCGUCAACGGUGUGGCCGCCAUCCACUCGCAGAUCCUGAAGGACUCGCUGUUCCAUGACUUCUACGAAAUGGAUCCCCAGAAGUUCCAGAACAAGACGAACGGUAUUACCCCGCGUCGCUGGUUGCUGCUUUGCAAUCCCGGACUCUCCGACCUGAUUGCCGAGAAGAUCGGUGACGAGUGGCCAGUGCAUCUAGACCAACUGGUUGCCCUGAAGAAGUGGGCCAAGGACCCCAACUUCCAGCGCAAUGUGGCCCGUGUCAAGCAGGAGAACAAGCUGAAGCUUGCUGCCAUUCUGGAGAAGGACUACGGCGUUAAGAUCAACGCCUCUUCCAUGUUCGAUAUCCAGGUGAAGCGUAUUCACGAGUACAAGCGCCAGCUGCUGAACUGCCUGCACAUCAUCACCCUGUACAACAGGAUCAAGAAGGAUCCCACAGCCAACUUCACCCCGAGGACAAUCAUGAUCGGAGGCAAGGCCGCUCCGGGCUACUAUGUGGCCAAGCAGAUCAUCAAGCUCAUCUGCGCCGUGGGCAACGUGGUGAACAACGAUCCCAUUGUGGGCGAUAAGCUGAAGGUUAUCUUCCUGGAGAACUACCGUGUCACCCUGGCCGAGAAGAUCAUGCCCGCCGCCGAUCUGUCCGAGCAGAUCUCGACCGCCGGCACAGAGGCCUCUGGUACCGGCAACAUGAAGUUCCAGCUGAACGGAGCCCUCACCAUCGGUACCCUGGACGGUGCCAACGUGGAGAUGGCCGAGGAGAUGGGUCUGGACAACAUCUUCAUCUUCGGCAUGACCGUCGAGGAGGUGGAGGCGCUCAAGAAGAAGGGCUACAAUGCCUACGACUACUACAACGCCAACGCCGAGGUCAAGCAGGUGAUCGACCAAAUCCAGGGCGGAUUCUUCAGCCCCGGCAAUCCCAACGAGUUCAAGAACAUUGCCGACAUUCUGCUCAAGUACGACCACUACUACUUGCUGGCCGACUUCGAUGCGUACAUCAAGGCCCAGGAUCUGGUCUCCAAGACUUACCAGAACCAAGCCAAGUGGCUGGAGAUGUCCAUCAACAACAUUGCGUCCAGCGGCAAAUUCUCGUCGGAUCGCACCAUCGCCGAGUACGCCCGCGAGAUCUGGGGAGUGGAGCCCACCUGGGAGAAGCUGCCAGCGCCGGAGGAUCAGCCACAGAACUAAAUCAAUUUUUGAUAUUAUUUUAUUAUUUAUGUGCUUUACUUUUGCUAAAGUCAAAGUCCAAGUUUAGGCGCCAAAAGCAACAACUAAAACUAACCAAGUAAACACGGGCCACAGCCCAGAAUUGUUAAUAUUUUAUUUAAUAAAAAUCAAGAUAAACAAUUCGCCUAGUUCUCUCAUCACUGUGGAAUCGAAUCAACAACACCAAAAACGGUACCUACCUAAAAAGACCUCAGGAACACUUUCAAAGUAAACGAAAAAGUCUAUUAAAAAUAAUGGAAAGAGUUGUAAUAAACGUUAGUGGCAAGCUUGUUUAGAUAUCGGAUAUGCGUGUUUUAAAUCGAGAUUAAACCUCAAGUUCAACUGUUAAAUGUAAAAAUAAUUUAAAUUGAAUAAAAUUUGAUUCGAAAUAGAAA